AGUAGGGUGACAUGUAUUUGAUCCGAAAUAGAGGCUCUGCUCUGUAAGUAAAACCCAAACAGCGCCAUUGGCCAACAGUAACACCAUCACCACCACAACCUCUCUUCGCGCUCUGCAAUGGCUGACGAGGAACCUGUUGAUCAGAAGAGAUAUCUUGAAGAGUCUUGCAAACCAAAAUGUGUAAAACCAUUACUUGAAUAUCAGGCAUGCGUUAAAAGGAUACAUGAUGAUGAAUCUGGGCAGAAACACUGCACUGGGCAAUAUUUUGAUUAUUGGUAUUGUGUUGACAAAUGUGUUGCUCCAAAGCUACUCACCAAACUGAAGUAAUUGGGGAGAGUAUUCUGGUUUAUGAUCAUUAAGUUCUGUUCGAUUUUCAUUCUCAAAUAACUGCUCCUAAACAUUUGAUUUUGUAACAAACUAUAUGCCCUGUAUGGUUAUUAGUCUUUACUUUGGAAUUUAGAGCCCAUGGAGACUGUAGAUCAUGAAUAAUAAGAACUUUUGCCAAAAUGUAACUUUGAGAUUUGGAAUGAGUAUGGAACCAAUACUUUUUAAUAAGUUU